AUGCUCUCGUCCUUCUUGCGGCCUGCUCGAAGCAGACAGCGUCGAGAUCGUUCCCCCUUUUCUUCCUCUUACGCACCGACCGUGCGGUCUCCAGAUGUUUCCCGGAAUAAUACACAACGCGUUCGCAGACGUUCCUCUGGCCGGGAUCAUGACAAUGUUAUAACAGAAGAAGAGGACGAAGACGUCGAGUCUGAUGCUCUUGAAAACGAGGACGACGAUGACGAGGAUGAAGACGAAGAUGAAGAGCACAGCGACUCCGAUGAGGAUGGCCCCGAUGACAAUACUCCAUUGCUCCCAAUGUUCUCCCCUGCCCGUCUGGACUCUAUACCCAUCUUCACCCUGACCCAUGCUUUACGAACCUUGGUGACUUCGAAAUGUGAUACUGUUCUCACCUGGGAACAAUUGAGAUCCCCUCAAAUCUCGCAGUUUCUUCUCAAACCAAUCGAGCAAGAGAUUCGUAACAAUCACUUUAAUGCAGCCACGGAGUAUGCACUCAUGGCCAAUUGUCUACAGUAUACCAAGGAGGGCGCUAUUUCAUCGGGAAAUAGCGGUGCCAAUAAAACUCGUGCUAUGAUCUGUGAGCUUCUCUGCAUUAAGCUGCUGAGAGAUCAUUCCAAUCGAGAAUUGAUCGAUGCUCUCUCAUAUGACUUUGAUCCCUUACAAGGACAAACCAGCGGCCCUGAUAUUGCCACUAACGGUGGACAACGACAGGUGGAAAACCACCGAAGAGCUGCACAGAGACCGGCGCGGAUAUCAUGUUUCGAGAUCGCAAUCCGAGCUCAAGCGAAGCGAUUUCUUGCACACCCACUUGUGGUCAAGCAAUUGGAAGCCAUCUGGGCAGGUACUAUUGUUUUUCAUUCUGCUGCUGAUAACAUGCAUCGAGUAGUACCGUUUAUGAGGCAGCAGCCACCAAGAUCCUACGGGACUACCGAAGAUGGAGCACCGGCCAGGACAAUUCAAAGCAGUGGGCAUCCUCUACGGCGAGCAGUCACUCUGUACAAUCCUCGUGAUGCAUCCUUGUUCAAACUCUCUCGUCUGCGAGUUCCACGUUACCGAAAUAUACUUUCGACCAUGUCAUUUGCGGUCUUACUCAUCUUGUUUGUUGCGGUCCUGGUCGAGAGAUCAUUGGAGAUUUCGACUCUCGAAGUCGUGUUCUGGUUCUGGGCUGCUGGGUAUAUGCUUGACGAAAUUGUGGGCUUCAACGAACAAGGCUUUGGCCUAUAUCUCGCUAGUUUUUGGAAUACCUUUGAUCUCGGCAUUUUACUCAUCCUUCUUGUUCACUUAGCCCUACGGAUUUAUGGCAUUGUCAUGCCAGAUGUCAGGAAGCAUACAGUCGCCAAUCUAGCAUACGACGUGCUUGCAGCCGAUGCCAUUCUACUAUUUCCUCGACUCUUCUCAGUUUUGGACCACUAUCGCUAUUUCUCCCCCCUGCUUAUCGCGUUUCGAUACAUGGCCGCGGAUCUUGUCGCCGUCUCCCUACUGAUACUCAUCAGCUGUAGUGGGUUCUUCGUCGCAUUAACAUUAUCCUUUGGAAACGAUGGUGUUGACACCCCAAGCUCGGUGGCUUAUGCUCUCCUCCAGAUGGUCAUGGGUUUCACUCCAGCAGCGUGGGACAGAUGGGACAGUUACAACGCACUUGGAAAAUUCAUCUUGACAUUGUUCCUAUUCAUCUGCCAUUUCUUGGUGGUGACGAUCUUGAUCACCGUUUUGACAAACUCAUUUAUGGCUGUGGUGCGAAAUGCUCACGAUGAACAUCAAUUUUUGUUUGCUGUGAAUACUAUAUCACAUGUCAAGUCGGACGCGUUGUUUUCAUACGUGGCGCCGACAAACAUCCUCCAAUGGCUACUCGUUCCUGUGAGGUAUUUUGUUCCUUUCCGGCAGUAUGUCAAACUGAACCGAACGACGAUCAAAGUUACACACUUUCCGCUACUAUUUGUGAUAUACCUCUAUGAGAAGGCUGUGUUGCAGUCGACUGUCUUUGACAGCAUGGAUCUAGUGGAACGACGUGGCAGACCAAAAAGAUCUACCACUACAAAGUUGACCCGCCUAGUUCGAGCUCCAUCAAUUGCCACCUUCCGACAAGACAUGGCCCUAGAAGAAGUCUUUCGACGACCUUUCGACAGCACGAUGCGAAAUAAUCAUCAUAACCGCGAUCAGCGUAAGGCUAGCAAUGUUGUGAACACCUGGAUGAAGGAUAUGGGAGAUGAUAUUGCAAGCCCUCCACCCGAGCAAGAUCAUCAAAUUGUUGAUCGUUUGGAAGGGAAGGAAGUUACUCCACGACGGAGCUCACGAAUCCCACACUUCAGCAGGCUUCGAGACUUUUCCCGUCGUACAAUGUCGGUGGCUUCCGAUCCAGAAGAGUUUGCAACCAAUGCCGACUUUCUAUCUCCGCGACCAAUGCCAGUACUGGACAAUACAACACCCUCUGCACUAGAAGACUCCAUGCAUCACACGGAUGCCGAUGGUGACGAUGAACUUCAUACACAUGAUGAGGCCGAUGAAGAGGAUGCUGCAACUUUUGCCCAACCUUCGCCAGGUGACCAUGCUACUUCCAACAUACAGGACAAUGUUCGUGCUUCUCAAGACUAUUUCACAACCCGAAGAUCCCCAACGGCGUCAAGACUUGCAGCACAAAAUGCCUCAACGAUCAUUGAGAACGCUAAGGGAGAACAGAGUGCUUCUGAUGCUGAUACCCCAUCAAACCCAUCGUCAGAAAGUCGACCUCGGCAUACACGGAAUGUCUCAACUGCGACGAUGAUAUUCAAACCAGCAGAUUCGGGCACUGAUAAGUCAUCGUCACGAGGUGCGACAGCUAUUCAAUUGUCUGCUCCAGGGUCAGGGGCUCGCACACCGGUUUCAAAGCCAGUCUCGCAAACUGCCGGCCAUCGAACGCCCAAGCGUGGUGGACCCGGUCCCAGUAGAAUGCGACCGCUUUUACCAACCAAGGACGAUCCAGCGUUCCGUUCUACGCCGAACUUAGCUGGCGUUAUGGAAUCGAGGAAUAAAGCUAACCAAACAAAACGUCGGCGGUCUUUGGAGAUGGACCUCGUUUCGGAUAUUGGAGACAAUCGUGCGAUUGGUGAAGGUUACGUGGGUGCCCUCCCUGCCUCAUUUGCCUCAGCACUCGCCCAAGGAGCAGCUGUGGCGAGGCAUGCAAAAGAGAAGGAGAUGAAAGAAGAACAAGAAAUGUUUACCAAGAUCAUGAUGGCCAGAAUGAACAGUCUCGAAGAAGGCUUCAGAGAGGUCAUUCAUGAAAUGAGAGAAAACAUGAGAAAUGACGACAACAGAAGUCGAAGUCGAGGCCGGGCUGCAAGACCACCUGCUGCCCCGAAGGAGAAGCGUGUCAAGGAGAAGGAUCGUGAACGGCCCACGACGUCAGGCGGGAGUAAAGAGAAGACUACUGACCUACGUGUCGAGAAGAAGCAACCUCAACAAACUUCAUAUGCAGAGGUUGCUUUGGCCACCAAGGCUGGUGAAGACGACAAGGCUCAACAAGGGCCAAUUGAAGAGGAGGCCGCAAAGAAUGAUCCUUAA